CAAUAAGGCUUAGAGCUCAGCAGAGGUCCGCACUGCUCAGCACUCAAAAUGCCUGGGUUACUCAAACUGCCUCUUUCACUGCUGUAAGUGGGAAGUGCCGCACCGGGACAGAAACAUGAUCGACAGCCGACACCACGGUCUUAGAAAAAGAGGAGGACUAUGGGGAUUGUGCAUCCUCUUGCUUUACACCAGCCCUCUCUCCUGUUUUGCACAUUUCAGCCAAGCGAAAGAGCUCAUCUAUAAGAUAAAGGAGGGAUUACCCAGAGGGACCUUCAUAGGGACCAUCGGAGUAGACUUAAAUUUGGAUUUUUCUGUUGAGCCCCCCUAUUUAUUCAAUCUCCCACAAAAGAAGGUCAGUGGAGAGUAUGUGAAUCUAAAUAAUACCACCGGAGAGCUUUACACAUCUGCCACAGAGAUCGACAGGGAGACCCUCUGUCCUGAUAACUCCGAGGGACGGGGAUGUGUCCUGUCGCUGGAUGUGUUCGUGUUGCCUCAGCAGCACUUUCAGCUGAUCAAAGUCAAGAUCGUCAUCGAGGACGUGAACGACAACAGGCCAAAGUUCCCCACGGAUGAGAUCUACUUGUCUGUCCCCGAAAACACACCGAUUAACGCUCGCUAUGCGGUGGAGCAGUCUGCAGUGGACCCGGACCUGGGCGCUCACGGAGUGCAGACCUACUGGCUGGUUAACGACUUUGGCGUGUUCACACUGGACGUUGAGGAGAACGAGGGGGGGGAGCUGACACCUUUCCUCAUCGUGACAGAAGCCUUGGACAGAGAGACUCAGGCUGAAUACAUUACGGAUAUCAUCGCAGAGGAUGGCGGGACCCCUCCUCUUCUCGGCGCUGCUACUUUAAAGAUUGUCAUCACAGAUGUGAACGAUAACUGCCCCCAAUUCACAGAGUCGCAUAUUAAUGUCACUCUGCAUGGGAACACCAGCAAAGGGGCCCAUUUGGCACGAUUGCACGCUUUUGACCCUGACCUUGGUGCUAAUGCUCAGAUCAGCUACGCUUACAGCGAACGUGUGCCAAGGGACACCAGGAGCUUGUUCCAUUUGGACAGAAUCACAGGGGUGAUCAAGCUUGCAGGGAAAAUAGACACUGCCACAUCCACCUUUUACAAACUCACGGUUCUGGCUAAUGGACCUGGCUGUAUCCCUGCUGUUGCCUCUGUGACUGUCCAUAUCAUCAAAGUUGUGACCGGACCACCUGCUGUCAUACCCCGGUACAUCGCACCAGAAAAGGAUGGAGUGGUGACAAUAAAGGAGUCUGAGCCAGUGUUUUCUCCAAUUGCUUUUUUUACUGUUAAAAACAUUGAUUUGAACCAAAGGGUGGACUGUCUUCUGGAAGGGACUGGUCCCUUCAGGCUGGGCCCCUAUCAGCAGUUCAAAAACGAGUACCUGCUGGAGACUACGGAGCAACUGGACUAUGAAAACAUACAGGAGUACGAACUGAUUGUGGUUGCUAAGAACACUGGAGGGCUUGUCAUCAAGACCUUCCUCAAGGUGCAGGUUUCAGAUGAGAACGAUAAUGCACCAGUGUUCCAGGAUUCUUUGGUGGAAAUAUCUGUGGAGGAAAACAACGCACCAAACACGUUUCUAACACAACUUCAGGCCUCAGACCAGGACAGCGACAGCCGAGGGGAGGUCGUCUACCUCCUUGGAGGUGACACCCCUGGGAUCUUUGCUAUCGAUCGUGUGACAGGAGUCCUGACCGUGACCACAUCGCUUGACCGGGAGGAGAAAGAGAAAUACCGGUUCAUAGUGAGAGCAGUGGAUCAGGGGACGCCCAGGAGGGAGUCCAUUGCAACUGUGGUGGUGACGGUGCAGGAUCGGAACGACAACAGUCCGCGCUUCAUCAACAAGGACUUUACUUUCUUUGUUCCGGAGAACUUCCCGGGGUACGGUGAGAUCGGAGUCCUCUCGGUGACGGAUGCUGAUGCAGGAGAAAAUGGCUGGGUGGCCCUUUCCAUCCUGAACGGCAGUGACAUCUUCAUGAUAGACACAGGGCGCGGAGCCCUGAGGGCCAAGACAUCAAUGGACCGUGAGCAACAAGGGACAUACACAUUAUGGAUCGAGGCCGCUGAUGGUGGAGAACCCGCACUUUCCUGUGUCACCAUGGUGACCGUUUUGUUGUUGGAUGUAAAUGACAACCCGCCCAUUGUCCUCUUUCCUCAGUCCAACCAGUCCUACAUGCUAGUGCUCCCGAAUACAUUACCGGGAACAUCGAUCACAGAGGUGUAUGCUGUGGAUAAGGAUACGGGCAUGAACGCUGUGAUCGCCUAUAGUAUCGUUAAGAGGAAAGGUGGCGAGCCAGGGUCCUUCGCCAUCGACCCAGAAACAGGAAAUAUCACAUUAAAGAGGGAACUCAGCAACCGGGGCCUCUACAGCCUUCUGGUGAAGGUCAGUGAUCAUGGUCAGCCUGAACCGCUUUACUCAACAGUAAUGGUCAACUUCUUUGUGAAUGAAACAGUGAGCAAUGAGAGUUACAUCCAGAGUCUGCUGACCAGGGAGGCUGACAUAGAGAUAGAGGAGAGGCCUUGGUACAUUGGCCAGAUGACAGAGGGGCCUGAGCGGUACGAGCGGUUCCCUUGUCAGCCGGUCCUCAUUGUUCUUUCAGUGUCCUGCCUGGGGCUACUCUUCUCCGUCGUUGCUCUGACAGCUUACAUAUGUUGCAAGAGGUUCAAAAAGCACAGAAAGAAAAUAUCAGAAGUGGAAAUACCUUUAAAAAUUAAGAAGGACUGCAUGCAGGUUGGGAACAGAAAGCUCAGGCAAAUCUCUAACAUCUAAUACUCAGCUGUCCACGAAUCCCAAAAAGUACCACCGCUGUUUACAAAAAUGUUUACAAAACUCACUGUAAGAAAUGUAGCUCUCAUACCAAGUUGCUCUUUUCGCUUCUGUCACAUAAAUUCUAUUACUGCAAAACAUGAUUUAAAUUGAACGCAAUGAGUUUCUUUGAUUAAAACAAUGGCACACACUGAUGCUCUGCUCUCUCUCCUGCUUCUGAUCACGUCUAUGAACGCAGACACUUGUGUGUCAGGAAACCAAAGUAAAGUUCAAAUUAGUAUUGUGUCAAAGUAAUAACAGCUUUAUUACAUAGUCAUGAGAGCAACUCAUUAAUCUAAGGUCCAAUGUGUAAAUACUGUACAAAAUGUUUUACAUCUUUAUAUACAACUUUUGCAUACAUGUGACAAAGAGAGAAAACAGUUCAAGGCACAACAAAUAUUUCAUUGCUUCAUCCCUCGAUGGUUACCAUUACAGUUACAGUUACAGAGAAGUGAUUGCUUUUGGAAGCUGGAGAAAUCUGGAACCUGUAUUUAUUUUUUUAAAUACAGUUCAAAUGGAACUUGACUUUAUUUGAAAACAUUCAGAUAUUUCACUCGUGACCAAAAAAUCGUCAGAAAUAAUCAAUAAUAAUGAAUCAAUGUUGUCUCGCUAGUUUUUCUAGAGCUUUCAGUCACAUCACACAUCUGUAACGUGGCUAUUUUGGGGUUUUAUGCAUUUCAGAAUAUACACAAUCACAAUAUGUAAUCCAUUACAAUUUGAUCAGGUUUAAAGCUCUGGGGGGGAAAAGCUAGUAAGUGGACCUUGAGUUAAGCUUUUCCUUGUUCAAAGUCUGUGUGAUGGCUGAGAGCCACGGUUCCCAACCAGAUGCCCUACUUCCCGCGGAGGCUCACUGAUGGUGCACUGUGUGUGAAACCUUUCAGUGCCAUCUCACCGGGGCACACUCGCACCCUUUCAUCACACUGAGGAAUUUGAACUGUUUCAUCUUUGUCAUCUGCUUCGAGUCACGUCCGUCACCCUCCUUCAUAUGACCAUGCAGUUCUCAACGUGUCUGUGAAAAAAUGCUGUUUGUGAAAGGAAAUCUAACUAUUAA